ACAUGGUUGGGUACGAGAAAGAAAAGCAACGCUGCAGUCAGUACAUAUCUGACCAAGCCAAAAAGUACAAACGAAACGUCAAGUACAUACCGGUGUCCAAUCUCAGAGACGUCGCCGACAACGUAUGCAAGAUGGUGGAUCUCUACCGGGCCUGCAUGAGUGAAAUAGCUGAGCGCAACAAGUGUCUCGUGAUGCUCGCCAAUACACCUCGGAUGGUCGAGAACCAACUGAUGAAACUUGGACUGACGUUUUGCACUACUGCUACGAUCGGGUCGGGGUGCCAGCCCCUGUACAACGCCGCCACAGCCACCGUCGUAUUCCUCUGCAGCCUGAGCUUGAGGAUCCAAAAUUGGAAAUAAAUAUCGAGGUCGCA